GUUGUGAUUGCUCUGCGGGAGUCGAUCGUGUUUUUCGCCCUUGUCGCCCUCUUCGCUGUCACACCCCACGUCUGCCGAGCCCUCAACUGGCUGUGGACCUCCUUCAUAAUGCGGGACAAUGGAGUCACAGAGGAGUGCUUCCAGGACUCGGUGUUUGGCGCUCUCGUUCUUCCCCUGCAGUUUGUUGCUGCAGCUUUCUUCCUUACCAGACACAUGCGCCUCCUCUUGCCGCUAGCAAAGCUCCACCUGAGCCCCUUUCUCCUGCGGAGGUUCAGAAUGGUUUCAGUGGUGGUGGCGGUGACGUGCUUUGCUGUGGGGUGGAAGGACAGAGUCAUGCGGAUGGUGCUGCAGAAGCACCCGGCUGAAAAGCCCAUAUUGCUGAACGUGAGUCGUUUCCUCUCGCUGCUCAUCCACCUGGUCGGCGUUGGUACUGUUCUGGACCUUUUUGGCGUCUCGCUGCUCUCCCUGGUGGCUGUGGGCGGCAUUUCAGGUGUCGCCAUGGGAUUCGCUUCCAAGGAAAUCGUCACCAAUUUCUUUGGAGGGCUGGUGCUGGUGAUCUCACAGCCAUUCGUGGUGGGGGAACGCAUUCAAGCAGGGAGCAUAUCCGGGCGGGUGGAGGAGAUUGGGUUUCUUCACACCAAGCUGGCUGGAGCAGAUAAGGCGCCAGUCGUGGUGCCAAACCAGAUCUUCAACACUGCAGUCAUCACCAACUUCUCCCGAGCCCAGUGCUACCCUUUCUCAGUCACAUUCGAGCUUCGAAUAGAGGAUAUCGAGCGGGUGCAAGCCAUCACGUCCCGCAUCACCCACAUGCUGAGGGCGCAUGCUGACGUGGACCAAUCACAGGGCCCCGCGCACGCAGUGCUGAAGGACCUCAGUGGAGCGAGUCUGCACGUGGGCAUGCUGGCUUCGCUGAACCCUCAGACUCACCAACGUACCCUAAACCUGUUGCCCCCUGCAGGCAAUUACACUCAACCUCCCGCAACCACCGGCGCGGCGCACCAGUUCCCCGCGGCUACCAUUCCGCCGUAUUCGCCGUCCCCCGUGUCGCCCUACCGCCCAUUCCAUUCCGCGCCUAUCCGCGGAGCAACCCCCCACCAUUUUACCGCCGUCGUACCCGUCAACCCUUCACCCCCGCCUCCCCAGAUCCCCGGAAGCACGUUCGCCCCAUCCCCUGCCUCCUCCUUUCCCCCCUCCCCUUCCGCCAACCCUAAUAAUGGCUCCGCCGCCUCCCCUUCCGCCAGCCCCAGUCUUCGCGCAAAUGCCUUCUACGACUCCGCAUAUCAUGCCUCCGCUUCCGCCACUACUUCAUCAGCGGAACCGCUUCCCCCCCCCAUAAUCUCCGCGGGGUCUUCCGCCAACCAGUCCGCGGGCAGCUCCGCGGGGUCUUCCGCCAGCCAGUCCGCGGGCAGCUCCGCGAAGUCUUCCGCCAGCCAGUCCGCGGGCAGCUCCGCGGGGUCUUCCGGCGGGGGGAACUCCUCCACUUCCCCCUCCGCCGUCCCUGUGCUCCGCGAGUUCAGCUUCGCGGAUCUGCACAUGGCGACGGGGGGGUUUGCGCGCGCCAUAGGGGAGGGGGGGUUCGGAAAGGUGUACCAAGGGCGGAUGGUGCUGCCUGCGGGCGGAAGCAGCGACACUGGCGGGAUUUAUGCCACAAGCGGAAGAAGCAGAGCUGCUAUGGGCGCAGCAUGCGGCGAGAUGAGGGAAUGUGACGUGGCAGUGAAAGUGAUGAAUGGAAAGAGUGCUGCUCGUGACUUGACGAGCUUUAAGGCUGAGGUAGCAGCCAUGUCAGCAGUGAAUCAUCCCAACAUUUUGAGGCUGGAAGGCGUGGCACUAAACACAUCCCAGGGACCGAUGCUCGCGUAUGAGCUGAUACCUGGAGGCGACGUCAAGAACUUGCUCAAACAAGUCCACAAAAGUGAUCUUCACUUCUCAUGGAGGCAUCGCAUGAAGGUGGCACUGGGCUGUGCCGAGGCACUAGCCACCAUUCACGAGCACAAGUUUGUUCACCGUGAUUUCAAGUCUUCAAAUGUGCUUCUGCGAGAGGAUUUCACUCCAGUGGUGGCUGACUUUGGUUUGGCUCGCACCAUCGAGGACUGGAAAACUCACGUGUCAACAGCAGUGGUCGGCUCUUUCGGCUACAUCGACCCGAUCUAUCUCCAGACGGGCCAACUAUGCCAGAAGUCUGACACGUUCGCGUUUGGCGUGUUUCUAUUGGAGCUGAUUUCAAGCUGCAAUCCCCUCAAUGCAAAGUAUCAAGAGCUGAGGCAGCUGGUAAUUUCCAAGGAUCCACCGGAACCUUCCUUGGUCAUUGAUCCUUCUCUUGAGGGGGAGUGGAUGAGGAGGCAUGCUUUUAUUCUCUUCACUUUGGUUCGGUUCGCCAUCUGCUGCAAUUGGGAGCAGAGGCCUCCAAUGUCAGUCAUUGCAGCCAAGCUUAGGAUGAUCUGCAGCGAAAUAGAGGCUUGA